AGUUUUGAGAAUUGAGAUGGGAUCAUACAGAAAAAGGGAAAAUAAGGAUUUUCCCGUUUGAUAUUGAUUAUUGAUAUACAAGUGAGGACGAGGACGGAGACCUCGAUAGUUGUUGUCUAUAUAAUUGAAUCGUGGAGAUAAUAUUCCGAAUGAGUAGUGGUCUUCUUAACACAGCUACCAGAGCCACACUCUCUUCCUUCUUCCCCAAAUCUCAUCUUCAUCUUCAUCGUCUCUUCUCUUCUUCUUCUUCAAAACCUUUCCCUUCUCUCCUUCCGGCGAGGUCAUCUCCGUCUUUACGCAUCUCCACCAUGGCCGACGCCCCCGAUGCCGGCAUGGACGCCGUCCAGCGACGCCUCAUGUUCGACGACGAAUGUAUUCUAGUGGAUGAGAAUGAUCGUGUUGUUGGUCAUGACACCAAGUACAAUUGUCACUUGAUGGAAAAGAUUGAAUCUGAAAAUCUGCUUCACAGAGCUUUCAGUGUGUUUUUGUUCAACUCAAAGAACGAGUUGCUUCUUCAGCAACGUUCUGCAACAAAGGUAACAUUCCCACUUGUGUGGACAAACACCUGUUGUAGCCAUCCACUAUACCGUGAAUCUGAGCUUAUCGAUGAGGAGUGUCUUGGUGUAAGAAAUGCUGCCCAAAGGAAGCUUUUGGAUGAACUGGGUAUCCCUGCUGAAGAUGUGCCUGUUGAUCAGUUUAUUCCUUUGGGUCGCAUUUUGUACAAGGCACCUUCUGACGGCAAGUGGGGAGAACAUGAACUUGAUUACCUGCUCUUCACUGUGCGAGAUGUGAAUGUGCAUCCGAACCCUGAUGAAGUUGCAGAUAUCAAAUACGUAAGCCAAGAGGAGUUGAAGGAGCUGUUGAGGAAGGUGGAUGCCGGGGAGGAAGGUCUGAAGCUGUCCCCUUGGUUCAGACUAGUUGUGGACAAUUUCCUCUUCAAGUGGUGGGAUCAUGUUGAGAAACGCACCAUCAAGGAAGCUGCUGACAUGAAAACCAUCCACAGGUUGACUUAAAAUCAAGUCCGUGGGUUCGAACUGGGAAAGUUUGAUUAUGGUGUUGCUAUUUAUCAUUGCUAGUGGCUUUGGCUUUUAUUCCAAUAAAUUUGGACUCAAAGCGUCCCGAGAAAAAAAGAAAAGAAAACAUCAUUUUGAUGUUGCGUGUUUGUUCUGUUGUUCAACACAACAAAGUGUCUGUUUUACUGUAAUGUAGAACUCAACUCUGAUGAAUCAAUAAAAGUCUUUAUUUUUGUAGAAA